GACGACGAUGGUGAUUUCUUCAUAAUUGCUCUCACAGAGAAAAGACAUCUUUAUCUAUAAAAACCCUUUGCAUUGCCAACACUUUUUUUUUUUUUUUUUUUUUUAAUUUAUUCUUAUUUUUUUUUGGUAAGAUCUUUACCAGAAAGCUAAGAGAAAUGGGAAUUUUUGCAGUGUUUCUUGUUUUACUGGUCUUACCGGCCGCCGCCCGUCCGGUGCCGUCGUCGAGGGGUAUAGCCGGGAAGAAAACAGCGACGACGGAGUUCAUUCAAACAUCAUGCGAGGGAACACCGUACCCAGAGCUAUGUUCCAUGUCGCUACCAAAGCACGACAGGGAGAUCGGAAAGGAUUCGGAGCUUCUAGCCCACGCGGCGGUCAACGCCGCCCUCGACAUCUCCCGGUCGCUCACCGGCAUGGUGGCGAAAGUGGCUCAGAACAAAAGCUUGCCACCGGAGGCGGCGACCAACAUGAAGCAUUGCCUGGAACAGGUAAACGACUCCAUCCACAAACUCAAAAUGUCGCUGGUGGAGAUGAAGCAUCUGAAAUGCCCGGGAUUCGAGGGGAAAAUCAGUUACAUAGAGAACUUGAUUACAACCGCCUUGAUCGACUACGAUCGGUGCCCAAACGGGAUGAACGACACCGGCUUAAACGAGCCGGCGGUGAAGGAUCAGAUCGCGAUGGUCGCGCACAUGACCCUCAACGGAUUAACCCUGAUGAAGAAAUUCGCGGCGGCAGGUUUCCCCGGCCGGGAAAACACCGACUUCAUCAAAUCCUCAUGCGACAAAACGCCGUUCCCCAACAUCUGCUACGCCUCCCUCUCCUCCUCGGCCUGCGACAUCGCCGCCAACCCAAAACGCCUAGCCAAAAACGCCAUAUCCUUAACCCAAAGAACCACCGAAUUCACCGUUCGAAGAAUGGGAGAAAUCGCCGGGAAAAUCGGGCUGAGCCCUAAAGAGAACAUGUCGAUCCACGUCUGCGAAGAUCUAUCGCACAAAUCCAUCCUGUACAUGCAAGAUUCCUUAUCGAAUCUGGAAACGAUUAACGAGCUAAAAGGCAUCGAUUUGCACACCAUCAUCGACGACAUAAAGGAAUGGCUGAAAUCCGUGAAGAGCAACUACGAAUCGUGCAUUGAGGAGCUGGAAACGGAGCAGAUCAAAGAGAAAGUGACGGAGGAGGUGACGCGGCUGAUGCGGGAGAUGGAGCCCUUCUCUGAGAUCGCCUUGGCUUUGUUCAGUAGCUUCGCCGCCGGGAUGCAUGGCAGAACGUAACUGUACGUUUUCACUUGUUUUCAUCUAAACGUCGUUGUUGUUAAUCGCCGAUCCAGAAAUAAGUUGGUCUUGCUAAGAAUAAUAUUUUAAAAGAUUGAAGUUGGUGGUAAUAUCAUAGUUUUUAGUAUUUGAUUAUAUAUCAUGCAAAACAAAAAACAUAAAAUGUUAUUGUUGUUAUUUAGUCACGUUUAUAGUAGCGGACCAAGCUCGACCUGGCUUAGAUUACCAUUACUAA